AUGACGUUCACAGUGAAACAGAAGAUCAAUGUUUGCAACGGGAAGCUUCUAAGGAUGUCCCAUGAAUCCGAGUCGACGGGCACCACAAUGGACGUCAACGUCUACUUGCCCAAACAGUACUGGCAGUGUGUCAGGGGCAACGAGGCCCUGAUGAAACCCAUCCCCACGAUCUAUUACCUAUCUGGGCUCACAUGCACUCCGCAGAACGCUUCCGAGAAGGCGAUGUGGCAAUUCCAAGCGGAUAAGUACGGGUUUGUGGUCGUUUUCCCAGAUACGUCACCAAGAGGCGACGAUGUCCCAGGGGACCCAGAAGGUAGUUGGGAUUUUGGGCACGGUGCAGGUUUCUACAUUGAUGCUACGAAAGAACCAUACAGCAAGAACUACAAUAUGUACACGUAUGUCCAUGAGGAGUUACCAAGGGUGUUGGAUCAACAUUUUGCUGACACGGGGAAGCACGUCGAUUUCUUGGAAAACGUCUCGAUCACUGGCCAUUCCAUGGGUGGGUACGGUGCCCUAUGCGGGUUUCUCAAGCAACAGGCGCAUUACAAAUCCUGUUCCGCGUUUGCCCCCAUCGUGAACCCAAAGAAUGUCCCCUGGGGACAGAAGGCGUUCAACGGGUAUUUGGAGUCCAAGGCGGAGUGGGACCUGCACGACCCUUGCGAGUUGAUCAAGCAGACUCCACGCGAGGAGAGGAGACACAUUCUGAUCCACGUCGGCGACGCAGACCCGUUCUACGAGGAACAAUUGAAGCCGCAGUCAAUAGUCGAGGCUUCGCAAGACACGCCAUGGGCGAACAAAAUCGAGCUGAACAUAGUAGCGGGAUUCGACCACUCCUACUACUUCGUGAGCACUUUCGUGCCACAGCACGCGAAAUUCCACGCGGAACACCUCGGCCUGAAGGAACACUGA